UCUCUGCAGUUAGUUUUGUUAUGUUGCGGAGAAGAAGGAAGACAACAUUGAGCAUUGCAGAGGGGAUGAGGGAAUAGGCUUUGCUUUUUAAUUGAUGAAAUUAAUUAUUUUUAUAUGAACAAUUAUAACAAAAUUGCUACGUCUGUCACCAAAGCAGUUGGAUGUCUAAAAUAUCAGAGAUGCACGCAGAAGUAGAAGAUGAUUGUAUGUACUACAUAACAGCAAGCCUAGUUACUCUUUUGGCUGUAUUGAUUGUGGUUAGAUUUUCCCAGAGAAUCAUGAAAUCUCAAAAAACAGAGGAACAAGAAAUUGUCCAUGAACAGGCGGAUAAAAAAAGUGAAGAUAAAGAGGUUGAUAGCGAUAUUGAUGAUGUACUUAUCAAACCGGAGGAGAUAGAAGAGAUCAGUGAAUCAUCUGUCGUUGCAGAUGACAACUCGGAUGAAAUGAAAGAGACUGACUUCCGGUGUGAGAGUCUUCAAGGCAAAUUGAAGCAGGCGCGACAGAGGAAGAUGAAGGAGAAGCUAGAGGGGCAUAUGACUGAGGGACAGAUUGAUGCUGAAUCAGAAGCAAAAAAAUCGCAGCUGGAGGCAAUAUUCCAACUUAUGGAACAGAGCAAGGACACCUUUGGCAUUGAUAAUAUGAACGACGUCCAAGAUCAACUAAAAUUGUACGCCUUGUAACUGACCAAUUAAUGUCAUACACUGACCAAUCAGUGACAAGUAAAUGCAAAGGGACAUUAACAUAUAUUUUCACUUCAUAAAUUGAGUAGAAAGGGAGAGAAAUUACUGUUAUUUAGAAGAUAUCUUUGAUGAUAAUGAAUUUGUAAAUUUGAAAUUUUGUUGGAAAUGUUUAGUUGGUUGUUUAGUGUUAUGUUUUUAAUAGAAUAAAAUGUUUGAUAAAUUAA